CUACCGGAAGUCCGCUUAUAUCCCGGCAAGAUGGCGACCCAGGGGCCGAUGGUGAUUGCUAUGCGGCUUCGGAACCAGCUGCAGUCCGUGUACAAGAUGGACCCGCUCAGGAAUGAGGAGGCGGUGAAGGUGAAGAUCAAGGAGCUGAACGAGCACAUCGUGUGUUACCUGUGUGCCGGCUACUUCAUCGAUGCCACAACUAUCACAGAAUGUCUGCACACGUUCUGUAAGAGCUGUAUAGUGAAGUAUUUGCAGACCAGCAAGUACUGUCCUCUCUGCAACAUCAAGAUCCACGAGACGCAGCCGCUGCUGAACCUGAAGCUGGACCGCGUCAUGCAGGACAUCGUGUACAAGCUGGUGCCAGGGCUGCAGGAGAAUGAGGACAGUCGGAUACGAGACUUCUAUCAAUCCCGCGGUUUAGAGCGAGUCGUUCAGCCGAGUGCCGUGGAAGAUCCAGUGGCUGAUGUCUCGCGACUGUCUCUUUCUCUGGAUGUGUCUCAGAGCACCUCGCACUACUACAGAAACGAUGAGCAGGUCUGCCUGUGUCUGGAAAAGCUUAGUUCGGGGAAGGACAAGAAGCGCUUUAUCCUGCAGCAUAAAUACAUCAGAUGUUCCGUGCGCGCUGAGAUCCGCCACCUCAGACGGGUUCUCUGUCACCGGCUCAGCGUUCCGCCUAUACAUGUUCAGCUUAUGUUUGAAAAUGAGGCUUUGCCGGAUCACAUGACCAUGAAGCAGCUGUGGCUGACGCGCUGGUAUGGGAAGCCGGCUCCCCUCGUCUUAUCGUACAGCGUGAAGGAGAAGAGGAGGUGACUGCGCAUGCGCGGGACGUGCCGUUGACUCCCGUGUAUAUAAUGUACAGAUUGAACUGGGCCCGCUGCAGGACCGGCGCUGCCCUUCUACAGCCGCGGGUGCCGGUCCACAUGGCGAUUACCGGUAUAAAUCGAAUGACUCCGGAUCCCGCUGCGUGGCCCCCGGGGCCCCUGCUGCUGCUUUCUGUGGAUUCUUAUUUUUCAAAUGAAACCAGAUAUUGCCAAGUUUUAUAAUAAAAAAAAAAUAAUAAAAAAAAAA